AUGUCGAAUGAACCUGCAACUCCGACUUUUGUCUCGGAGACUCAACUUUCCAACUGUGAAUCCCCAAUUGAGGUGGUCAAUUUAGAAAAGACGGUUUCAAAUGCUGAGGGUACAAGAAAGCGUUCAAGUUGGACAAAGGUUAAAGAUGAGGUUCAAACACCAGAAGUGCAAAUGUUAUACGACCACAUUGGCACAAUACAAUCCAAAAGAAGUGAUGAAGAUAUAUUGAGGUUUGCGUACGAAAAAUAUCUAUCUGAAAAUAAUGGUGUUGCAUUCAAUCUCGAACAUGUGUGGAGAAUUGUCAAAGACCGUCCAAUAUUUACUCCACAGUCCGCUGAUCACUUUGUGGCCACAAAGAAGACGAGGACCUCAGAGUCAGGAGCAAGCAACACCUCCUCCAACCAAGAUGUGAGUAUAGACCUGGAUUAUGAAGAUACUCGUCCAAUGGGGCAAAAGGCAGCAAAAAGAAAGGGAAAAGACAAAGUAAAAUCGACCAUGGUGGAUCUGACAGUAAACUACAACAAUAUUAUCACAAAGUUCACUGAGUACACAAGCGUGAAGAAGUCCGAAGUCGAUUUGAAACAAAAACAACUUGAAGUAGAGGAGAUUAAGGCAAAAGCUGCAUUGUCCAAAUCUGAAGCUAAGAAUCGUCGCUUGAAGUUGAAGGAGUACGAAAUAUUGAACAAAGACACCUCGCAAAUGACAAAGGAGCAGUUUAUCAUACAUGAAUGCCUAUACAAGGAUAUUAGGUCGAGAUGGAAUAUCUAA